GCUGGAUACCAGAAAGAGCCAGAAGUCAGAAAUGCUGAUCAUGUCUGCAGUGACGCUGAGAACCACGCCCUCAAUUUGUGGUGGGAAGGACCUGGAAAGCUGCAAAGUAAUGCCGAUCCUAUAGAUUAAGCCAUCUGUUGCUGUACGUGUCGAGAGUCGAGACGCACAAUUGUCGCUGGUGGUUUUGGCUGUACAGGGUUUUGCAGUAAUGAAGGUGGCUUCCAAGUAGCGCCGGCCGAGACUGUUCCUCUAAAAUCCAAACAAUACAAUCUCUCCUGUUUAGCUCAGCCGCUAGUCUCCGAUUGUUAAAUGCUGUAGAAGCAAAGAUGAAUCUGCCGUUUCUAUUGCGCCCAGUCGUGAGACAUGGGAAUAGUCAAAGAUCUGUCCUUUUUGAGAGCCUUCCACUCUGUGGUGAAGGUCUGCUGGGGCUCGUUCAGGAGAUUGCUGCUUGUUCCUCGGUCCACACACGUGCGUCCAAUGACCUGUUGACUGGCUCACGUCGGAAUGGGAUAAUCGGCGCAGCUUUUCUCCAGAGCAGAGACUACAGUCAAACGGGCAUCAAACUGGUAGGCAAUGAGGGGUUUCCAAGACCAUUCUGGAGCAGCCAGGCUUGCAAGCUUACAAAAGGUGGCACCGUACAGCCUCUUGUCGGUUUCGCAGCUGAGGCUCUCCACAAGGCACCAGACCAUCAGUUACCAUUUUCCACCAGACAGCGAUCGGGAGUUUCACAUGAGAAAGGGGGACAGUUGGAGGGGCCAGAUUUACGGUUUCAACGGCACAUGUCGAGUGGUGUUCAACCACUGAUCUUGAGCAAGGAGCCCGUGGUCUACAUCGGUUCGAUGUCAGGAACUUUGAAGAAAGUCAAACUAUUGUCCAUCUCCAGCUGUGUUCUGUCCUGCCUCGGAGCACCAGUCAUUACUUUUUGGACAGCCCCAACACUCCCAAUAGCUGUGAAGACUGUAGUUUCAAUGUCCAUGGUCCUCUUUGGUGCUGGUACUACUGCGCUGCUCCACUGGUUUUCCAACCCGUAUGUCCACAAGGUGAUUUGGAGGCAAGGCUCCGAGGAGAUGGAGGUACAUACUUUAACCUGGUUAGCAACCACAAGCAAGCAAGUGAUCCGGCUCAAGGACGUACGGCCUGCAAACACCCAAAGACCUCUCGCUACCUUUGCUGUAAAUGGUAGAUUCUAUUAUGUCGAUGGGGCAAAUUUUGUCACUUCUGCGGGUAGAGAACUAAGAGAGAAACUCCUUCCACAUGGCUACCAAGACUAGAGACCUCGGAAAGUAUGUAAGAAGGUUAUGAUCAUCAAUGACGAUCAAUUUGAAUUGAGGACCUGAACGGUGUGCAACCGCAAGUAGCAUGCAAUUACCUGACCAAUUACAGUUGAGAGACGGUGUUCCGGGUUGGUUGCCCUCGGUGGUGGUCUUAAUAAAUGAAUGAAGCCAAAGCUCUGGCCUGUCUUUG